AAAAAAGCCAAAAUUAGAAAAAGAGAAAACCCAUGCUCGGGGAUAAGAGGGUGACCUGGAGCACGUAGCGUUCACCCAGCAAAGGUGUAUGUAUGCUCGCUAUUUGAAGAACGUAGGAGAUAAAAGAGGGCUGAGCACUCAAAUUUUCUCAAGUACUUCUCUAAUGGAGGCCUUUGGUUCGAUUUUAUUUUGAUUGCAGAGCGUUCUGUGGGCUUUAAUUGCUAACCAUUAUCCCGGGCCUGGCUGAUUGCUUUGAGAUGGCAACACUGCGGAGCUGGGUCUCUUCUCUUCCCAACCAAUUUGCAAUGCUGAACUCCGCCGUAAGCAGCCGUUCGACGGUGGUUCCUUCAUCUGUUAUCAAGGCAAGUUCAAGAGAUUUCUUGACGAACGAAAAGGACUGCUCGAAGAGAAGACUAAUAUUAGUUGGUGUUGGGGCAGUGGCCACUAGUUUGUUCCCUGCAAGAUUUGCAUCUGCUGAAGGGUCUGAUAUAAUUUUAUUCAAGGUUGCAGUACCAAAGGGCUAUCAAGCUUUUGUAGAUUUUACAGAUGGAUAUUCAUAUGUUUACCCAUCAGAUUGGAGGGACUUUGACUUUGGGGGUCAUGAUUCCGCAUUCAAAGAUCGCUUUGCAGCAUUGCAACAUGUGAGAGUCAGUUUUAUUCCCACAAAUAAAAAUGAUGUUCAUGAUUUGGGUCCUAUGGAAGAGGUCAUAUUCGAUUUGGUUAAAAAUGUAUAUGCUGCACCAACUCAGAUACCAACAAUAUAUGAUAUGCAGGAGCGUACAAUUGCUGGAAAGAACUACUGGACAUUCGAGUAUGAACUUGCAUCUUCAGGCUUUUCCCGAACCGCAUUUGCAACCAUAGCAAUUGGCAAUGGUCGGUACUACACACUGGUGGUAGGUGCAAACGAGAGACGAUGGAGUAGACUCCGAGACAAGCUCAAAGUGGUAGCAGAUUCUUUCAAGGUAUUAGACAUAUGAAAUAUGAAUUCCAGGGGAACAAAAUUGUUUGCUGAGUUUGAGUUGCUAUUGACAGCGAUUAUGGUUUUCUUAUUGUGUGUAUAAACACUGUUUUUUUGCAUAUUGCUUGUGUUAUGAUUCCCAUUAUCUUAAACCAUUUGGACGGAGAAACUGUUCCUGCAUCCUUUGCAUCACAAGAACUGAGCCUCAGCAGCAAUGUUGUCGAUAAAAUAAAUAAAUAAAUAAAUAAA